AUGGAGCCCUCGGCCACACGAGCCACGCUAAAAGUGCUGGGUUUGUGUGCCCUGUUGCUACUCCUGGUGGCUGCAGUGACCAUCUCGGUAGCUGUGAUGGUCAGGCAAUCCGAAGCGGCCCGCCAACUGAGAGGGUGUCAGGACCGGGCAUCGAACGAGACAGCAGCCCUGACAUCGCGGGUGGCCGAGCUGGAGCAGGAAAGAACCAGGCGAGAAAAACAACUGGAGAAAUUGGCACAGAAGGAGAAAGACCUGCAGAAGCAACUGAACCAAGCCAAAGAGGGCAAGAAGAGACUUAAUGCCACCUUGAUGGGCUGUUUGGAUAACAUGAUCCACUUGAAUGCUAACCUGUCAGCUCUUCACAGUGAAAUGUCCACCCUUCAGGCAGAAGGCAUGAAGAUGGACAGCCAAAAUGGUGCCUUGCUAGUGGAGAUGACCAAACUUGAAGAGAAACUGGAGGAAGCAGUUGGAGCACGAGAUGUUGUAGAGGCAGAGAAAGGACACUGUGAAGCACGGGAGAAGGCCCUUCAAGAAAGCAUGCACAGCUACCUGGCUGAGAUCGCCUCCCUCCAGCAUCGCCUGCAAGCCCGUUCCUCCUCCGCCCGCCGCAGGUGCCCCCCCUUCUGGAAGGGCUGAUCUUUUUCCUCUAAAUCAACUAACCAGGACCUUGAAAAAGAUGGGAACUGAUGGAAGAUUAUUUUUUUCAACCCCUUUCCCCAUACUUUAAAGGAGGAGAGCAGAUAGACCCUCACAAGGCUGGAAGGCAACGCAGCUCCUACACAUAGUCCUUGCCUUACAACAGUUCAUUUAGUGACCGCUCAAAUUUACGACAGCAUUGAAAAAAGUGACUUAUGACCAUUUUUCACUCUUAGGACCUUUGCAGCAUCCCCAUGGUCACGUGAUCAGAAUUCUGACACCUGGCAACUGACUCAUAGUUAGGAUGGCUGCAGUGUCCCCUGGGGCAGUGGUGAAAUGUAAAAUUUGUUACUAC